AUGUAUUUUUUGGAAAGGCAGCCGAAAUUUGCUUGGCAUCCGUCUUUGCUACUCCCUGGAGCGCAGCUGCAAGUUUCACCGAUUAAAGACCUUGCGACCAUUCGGGACCCCACUUCUUCCUUCACCUUCUUGAAUUUUUUGCACUGGCAAGGUCGUCUUGUGCAAUACAUUAACCGCGAAGAGAAAGUGCCAAGCCGCCGCGAGUGGAGCGCAUACCUUGCAUGGGCCGCGCGCAGGAUGGAUCAGUACGCGCACUACAGUCAGAGCGUACAAGAUAUUCAGCCUGUGGAACAGGAUGGGAAAGUCGCCUACCUCCGUGUCAUUUCCAAAAAUUUGCUCACAAAUGAGAUAGAGACAUUGUACGCGCGCAAUGUAAGCACAGCCGUCGGUGGAUUUGCCAACGUUCCUGCGGUUAUCAGCUCUCUGUACGAUUUCCAUUACGGCAGCAGCAAUGCAUCCCGAGUCGUGCAUUCUUCCACCUUUUUGCCACAGAUGUCGUAUCUCGAUUCCAUUUUGCAGCGCGAGGCUACCACAUCCGACGAGCCGCUCCGGUUUGCAGUCAUUGGCGGCGGACAGUCCUCUGCCGAGAUUAUGCGUUACCUGCGCGAUCAUUUCCCCAAGGCUGACCUCACUAUGAUUUUCCGCGCAUCUGCUCUCGCCCCUUCGGACGACUCUUCUUUUGUCAACAGCGCCGCAUUCGAUCCCGAAAGUGUAUCUUCAUUUUGGGAGAGCGGCAUUCAUCAGCGCCGCGCACAGCUCGACGAGUUUCGACGUACCAACUACUCGGUCGUUCGUAGCGAUCUAUUGGCGGAGCUGUAUGAAAUGGUGUACGACCAGGACAUUGACUACGAGGAUGCGUACAGUCCUUCCAAAGGCAUUGUGCGCAUCAUGUCCAAUACGGCUCUUGUCGGUGCAGAGCAGUUGAGCAACGCCCGUAUCCGACUUGAAACUUGCACUCACGCCGGCGAACAAAUUGUUGAGUCAAGCGAGUAUGAUGCCGUAUUUCUUGGCACUGGCUUCAAGCGCAGUGCCGCAACGCUCCCCUUUUUCAACACUCUUGCACGCGAAUUUCCCCUGCUUUCGGAGGAAGGAACCGAGAGACUGCGCGAACAGGAGCUCAACUUGGAUGCGCAGAUCGCCACGGCCAAGGAUCCGGAUGCUAUGCGUGCAACUGUCCGUGGCAUUACGCGCGAUUAUCGUCUUGUGCCCACCGAUCCCUCGCGCUGGAUGCGUGAUAACCACUCUAUUCUCUCGAUGCACCCCACUGUCGUGCCCAAAAUUCCGGCGGCGCGCAGCGUGCGCGAGCGCAUGCUCUCGACCAGCCGCUCGACCAGCCGCUCCGGAAGCCGCGCAACGAGCCGCGCAGGCUCUCCUAAAAACAGUCCGCGCGCUCUUUCCUCAUCGAACAUCGAAGUUGCUUCGAAUUUGUACCGCCCCCAAGCGCCGUGCAAUUUGUAUGUGUUUGGCUGCAACGAACACACUCAUGGUCUAUCGGACAGUCUUAUGUCUAUGGUGGCUCAUCGCGCAAACGUUGUUUCCGCGUCACUUAUGGCCGCCACGCAAUACCCGGAGCCAAAAGUGAAUGGCAUCAAUGCUCCGCCCUGCCCCACCAUCCAAUAA